GAAGGUUGUAAACGCUGUGACAUCUACACGAAAGCACCAAAUAAAUUCCUCCUCAGUAUUGGGGCCUGUGACGGUACUGUGUCUGAAUACUCAGGAGACCUUGUUUAUGAAAUUAAAAAGGAUGCAAUGGAAGAAUUAAUCAAAAGACAAAAUAUUCCAAGUGAAUUUAUUCUGAGAGAAGCAACUGCAAAGGACAUCCCAGACAUAUUUGAAUGUUUAAAAAGCCUGCACCUGUAUUUGGGUAUACUAAAUGAAGUAAUAACUGACGAGACAGUGUUGAUCAAAGAAGGUUUUGGAAAGCGCCCUCUGUUUAAGUCAUAUGUUGCCGAGAGAAACGGUUCAAUAGUGGGGUAUACCUUAUUCUCAUACACCUAUGGUUUCGAUGGGCCUGAGGUCUACAUGGAGGAUCUGUAUGUUUCUUCUGAAUGCAGAGGAACAGGAAUUGGCACUGCUCUGUGGGCUAGUGUACUCAAGGAGACCCUCAAGAUCGGUGGUAAGAGGUGCACCCACAUAGUUGCUUCUGACAAUAAAUCAUCCAUAGGGUAUUACAAGAGUAAAGGUGCUCAUGACUUAAGCCAGACUAAGAACAUACACUUUUUCAAACAACUGUUGAACUAGAAUGUCGACAAAGUAAAAAAAAAAAUGGCUUGAAAGAACAGGACAUACACAUUUUCAAAACAAACCGUUGAACUAGGUAAAAAAAAAGAUGGCUGGAAAGAACAGGACAUACAUUUCUUCAAACAACCGUUGAACUAGAGUAUCGACACAGUAAAAAAAAAAGUCUGCAAAGAACAGUACUUUCAAAAAUAUCAAAAAAAUUAUUGCACAUCACACAUACACAUAGUAGAAUAGUAUAAGUAGUGUAUAUACUCAAGCUAAGAUAAAAAUACAUAACAUAGAAAUUCACUGACAAUUAUAUGUGAUAGACUGCAGUAUGCAACUAGGCUCACAAGCUUCCAUACAUGUCAGAGAAAACUAAAAGGUUUCUGAAAGAUCUGCACAGCUGUGAUAUUUUUCCAGAUUAAGGUGGACUUCACUCUGUAUUAACACAGAAUUCACUCAGGACUUGUUCCCUUUGUAAUGCUAUUGUCGUAGGAUUUCAAAUGCUUCCAAAUACUAUAAAGUUUCAAAUUAGUACUUUCAAGAAAAAUCAGUUGCUUCCAAAAAUAAGAUUUCAAAUGCGUCCAAAAAAGUAAAACAUGUCACUUUUGAUGGUAGAUAUACUGGCAUUCUUGGGCUGUUCUUGAUUAGUUCUCUGUGCUGUGUCUGGGCAUUAUGUUUAUAUAUAAUUUUGGAAUAGCUCACUCAAGAGUUGCAUGCCCUGAGUAUGGGUAUAAAUUACAAUAAAAGACUAGACUAUUUUAUUUUUUAUGAAUUUUAAUCGUCAAUUUUAAUGCACUAUUGGACCAAUGAGUCCUUUUAAAAACUGGUUAUAUCUUGAAAGUUUUACAUUUCUGAUUAAAGACAAUUUUCCUUUGUUAUUUUUUUUUGUUUGCACAUGCGAGAAUUAACAUCGUUUAGAAUUAUUUGUAGAAUAAAAUAUUUUAUCAGAUAUAAAA